AUGGGCAGACGCCGCGCUGCCAAAGGACACCAUGCUGCUGCCAGUAACACGAAUUGGAUCGACGUGCCCAUCUUCCGCUUGCCCACCGAUGUGUGGCUCCACAUCUUCGCAAGCCUCCCGUUCACACCAGCGCCAACACUUGCGGCGCUCAGCGUGACGUGCAAGCGCCUCUUGCAGCUGGUCGACGAGCACGGCUGGCGUACUGCUCUCCAGCAGCAGUUCUCACGGGUGCCAUUGGAUCGGAUCCUCGAGCAGGCACAUGUAAGGAGGUCAAGGUGGUGGGCAGCAUGUUGGUACGCUGCAGCCCUAGACUACGCCUGGGAUGGUGUGACGCUUCGACCUGCGUACGGGGACGUUCCGAAGAUGGAGGGUAAGCGGAUCGCACCUGGUGGAGGGAGAAGAGGAGCAGGGGACUUCGCGAUACCCACCCUGACAUUGGGAAACCAGUGGAUGGUCGUGGGGGUGCGGUCCGAAUUGUGUGUAUACCACGCGAGGCCGCGGACUGGCAAGGGGAGGAACGCCGUUGCGCGAAUAAGGGUGGACAGCCGAACAGAGGCUGGAGAGGGCCCGAGCACGAGCAUAGCUUCAACGAGUGCGACAAAGGGCAACGGGAGCCUGGCGGACGACCCAUAUCAAGAUAUCACGGCGCUCGAGGCCAUCAAUGCGGAGGCGAGUCUGGUGGCUGUUGGGUACGCAACCGGUUGCGUACAGGUCAUCGCGCUCAAGUCGACCGAGGGAGCGAAAGGCAAGUGGAAAGCUGAGGUGAUGCACCACUUCCCUUCGACGGGACGGCAAGAUGUCGCAGGCAUCUCGGUACGGAAUGGGAUCAGAGCAGCCCCCCCUACACACUCCAACGGUUCCACAUUGACACACACGAAGGCAGAAGAUUGCUUGUUAGCAUCGCUGUCGAAACGGGGAUGCCCACGGAUACACACUGUCUCACCUCAGCUUGAUGGUGACACGGGAGGCGGCCCAGCGACGUGGUCCUGGCAGAUCGACUCCGAUGGCGAAGCAGUGCCUUUGGACCCGAACGGGGACGAUACAACUGAUUCAGGCACCAACACGCCGAGGACGCACUUUCGCAGUGCGGCGUUCAACAAUGCGCCGCUUGAAGGCUCAACAGGGGCUACUCGCGCAUGGUCAGUCUUGCUUGGCAGUAGCACCGAUACACGGAAGCAGAAGGCUGGAGGGGACUGGUUGGCGGUAGGGCUGACUGCCGAGCACGCCGUCUACAUCUACCCUCUCGACCACCGCGACGGUGUGCAGCUGGAAGAGCCCUUCUAUGUCGCAUCGACCGGUCAGCGCACGAGCGUGUACGCCAUGGCUACCCCACCCGCGACUUCGAGCCUGCCCUCGUUCCUGCUCUUUGUUGGGUUCUACGACGGAGUGGUGCGCGUGUACGACACUCGGCAAACGCACCCCGAUGACGGAUCGAUGAGCAUGCAGAGCCUCCACGAGGCGCUGCCGGUUGGGACCAAUGGUGCUCGACCUCGUCGCCGCCAUGUCCCUCACGAGCUCCACCCCAUCGCCCACUUCCGGGACACCUACAGCACAGACGCCAUCUACAGCCUCUCAUUCGGUGGGACUCAUGCAGAUCGUCUCGUCGUCGGCGGAGCUCGCUUCGCGCAAGUCCGCGUGUUCGACGUGUCGAGCCUCGCCGGGUACGACGUACCCCUGCUAGCACCAUCAGAUGGAGCAGGCGGAGAGGGCAAGGACUGGACAGCUUUCGCCGUGCCUGGCGCCGACAGCCCGCUGUAUUGCGUCGUUGGUGAAGCAGAUAGGUUGGUCGGUGUGACCGAUAAGACGAUCUGGUCAUUCGAUUUUGGUGCGCCCCUUCUUGAGGCGGCAAAGGGAAGGAAGGGUUCGGAUGAAAAAGGUGAGGCGAAGGACAAGCGGGAUGACGGGACUGUGGCAUUCUUCAGACAUCGCGAUGGCCGUCUCUGCUACUCAAAUCUGGACCAUCGGACGAGGACGAAUAUAGAUACGGUUAUCUUUCCCUCUUCAAGGGGAAAUGUAUAUCGCAACUUUCAUUGA